ACAGAUAGUAAAGAGAUUGAAAUUGGAAUUUGGUGAUUUUUUUUUUUUUUUGGGGGUAUUUGACGAAGACGAUGUCGUGCACCGUAGCGACGAUCGCGAGCUCCCCCGUGUUCUCCCCCUCGCGCAUGCCCCUCUCGUGCAAGGGCUCCCCCGAAACCCUAACCCUAACCCUAGCACCCCACCAUAUCCAGGCGCCCGAUGCCUCUCCGUGCUCGUCGCCCACCGCCCUCCGGUCGCGGUUCCAGAGGGGGGCGAGCGCGCUCCGGGCGACGAGGGCCAUGGAUUUCGAUGCCUCGCCAUCUCCGCCGAGGCCCUCGUGCUCGAGCGGGGGCGGGUCGCUGCUGAAGCGGAAGAGGCCCGCGCGGAUCGACAUACCCGCGGCGGAGGCCUUCGCCGCGGCGCCCGCGGGGUCGGAUGGGCUCGGCGAGGUGGAGGCGGAGAGCGCGAGGUUCUCGGUGUAUUGCAAGAGGGGGAAGAGGCGGUUGGAGAUGGAGGAUCGGCACCGCGCCUCGCUCGAUCUCCGUGACGAUCCCCAAAUGGCAUUUUUUGCUAUUUUUGACGGCCACGGAGGAAAAAAAGCUGCGGAGUUUGCCUCCGAGAACAUAGGCGAGCUCAUAGUGGAGGAAGUGGAGAAGAGAGGCGGAGAGAGCUGUAGCGAGAUAGAGGAGGCGGUUAAGAUCGGGUAUUUGAAGACCGACAAGGAGUUCUUGAAGGCGGAGGAGAGCGGAGGAACGUGCUGUGUGACGGCCUUGCUUCGGAAGGGUAAUCUCGUUAUUUCGAACGCGGGGGACUGCCGUGCUGUUCUUAGCAGGGCGGGGAAGGCCGAGGCCCUCACGUCCGAUCACCGGCCGUCUAGGGCGGAUGAGAAGGACCGAAUUGAGAAUCUCGGCGGGUAUGUGGAUUGCUACCGAGGUAUAUGGAGAGUGCAAGGCUCCCUCGCUGUAUCCAGGGGGAUCGGAGAUUCGAGUCUUAAACAGUGGGUGAUACCUGAGCCCGAGACGAAAACUCUGAAGAUUACACCUGAAUUCGAGUUCUUAAUUCUAGCUUCCGACGGAUUAUGGGAUACGGUUAGCAAUCAGGAGGCUGUAGAUAUUGCUCGACCGCUGUGUAUGGAGAACGAUAAAUCCCCACUACUCUCAGCUUGCAAAGUACUCGCCAAUCUAUCUGCUUCGCGAGGCUCUCGGGAUGAUAUCAGUGUCAUGAUAAUACAGCUGCAGCAUUUCAUCUAAAGCCCGCGUGUUGAUCGACUUAUCUCGUGUAGCAUUUAGCACAUUUGACUUAGGGUCUAGAUUUUGUUUUCGCGAGUAAUUUUUAAUUAACUUGCGACUUUUGUUUAGUUUGGAUCAGAAUAAAGGUUUAUUCAUCAUUCUUUCUGUACUUAAUCUGAGAAAUGCUAAUUGUAAUAAACUGAUGAUGGCUGCUGACACCCACUGUUGUAAAAAGGCAGGAGGCAGGGUUUAAUAUCUUCAUUUGUUCUUAUUCUGACAAUUAAGAAACAUAUCAGUCGAGUUGGGUGCCAUUUAUCGCGACUUGUGCUUUCUAUUA